AUGCCCGCCGUGCGCUCUCGGCUGGGAUGUGACGAGUGCCGGCGACGGCGCCGCAAGUGCGACGAGGCCAAGCCGGCCUGCGGGCCGUGCACGGGCGCUCGCCGAAGCUGCCGGUACACGCUCAAGAUUGUCCGGGGCGCGUCGACAUUUGCUGCACGCCGGCCGUCUGCGCCGCGGGGAUGGACACGCCACGACAGAAACGACAGGAGUGACAGCCACGACAGCCACGACAGACUCGACCGCCACGACACCGACACUGUGCCUCCCCCCGUCGGCCCGCUGGUGCUCGUCCGCCUGCCCAACGGCGUCCCCCUCGCGCCGCCGUACCAGCGCCUGCUCGACUACUUUGCGCGCGACGUGCUCGCCUCGCUGUCCGUGCACCCGGCCAUCCACCGCGACCUGGCCCAGGGCCUCGUGCCGGCCAUGCUGCGCGCGCCCCACCUGCUGUCGGCGGGCCUGGCGCUGGCGGCCACGGGGCUGGCGUCGCGGGGGCGCGCGGACGUGGGCGGGGUCGGCCUGCCGCGCGUCAUGCAGCACCUGCAGACGGCGGGCCUGGCGCUGCUGCGGCAGGCCCUGGAGCGGAAUGCAGGCGGCCGUGGCGAUCGGGCGACGGAUGGUGAUGGUGAUGGUGGCCGGGGCGACGGCGGCCUGGACCUCGUGGCGACGUGUCUGCUGUGGUGCCUCGCGGACGUCUUUGCCGCCGAUGUUUCCUUGCCGUCGUCGUCGUCGUCCUCCUCCUCUUGGCGCAUCCACCUCCACGGCAUCGAGGCGCUGCUGGGCGGCGCGCGGGCUCUGGAUGCGUUUGUGACGCGAGGCCAGCGCGGCGCCGACGACACGUCGGCGCCGUCGUCAUCCUCGCGCUCCGCCAUGGGCCACCUGCAUCAGCUGUACCGGUCACUGCAGACGCUGCCGCACAUCACACGACGGCAGGGCGGCGGCGGGACGGCCGAGAUGAGCAAACCAGGUGUGGGCGCGUCCAUUGUGGUUGAGCUGGACACAGCACUACCCAAAGCCCCCGGCUGGCCGCGCAUCGACGGCUUCCUCGGCUACAGCGAGGAGCUGCUGGACAUUCUGCAACAGCUCGAGGGGAUUGCGUCUACGCUGCCGGCUAUGGAUGACUGGGAUGACAACACCGACGGCUACACCAAUGACUACGCCACCGACGACCUGCUGGCCGCGCCGCAUCUCACAGACGCGACGCGUGCCGCCGCCGCGGACCUGCUCGCCCGGGCGCAUGCACAGGCGCUUGUGCUGGAUGACGGUACCAGGUCGACCGAGCCAGAAGGACCACCGUGCACAGCACCACCAGACGAAGUACCACCAGCACCACCGCGCGUCGCCCACAUCCCUGCGCCCGCACUCACCGCCGCCGCCGCCCGCGAGCUGGCCCUCUGCCACGGCUGCUUCCAGCAGGCCACCCUGAUCCACAUCUACCGCCGGCUGUUCCGCCUGCCGUCGCGUGCGCCGCGCAUCCAGCAGGCGGCGGCGCAGAUCCGGCGCAUGGCCGGGCAGAUGCGGCAGGGGGCGCCGUGCAGCGCGUGGGUGGCCAUGGCGCUGCCGCUGUUUACGGCGGGCUGCGAGGCGUACACGCCGGCGGCGCAGGCGUGGGCGCACGCGGCGCUGGCGGCGUUUGCGGCGAGCAUCGGGUCGCGGCACGUGCAGCUGCUGCGGCGGGCGCUCGAGGACCUGGGGCGGCUGCGGGCGCGGCGGGGCGACACGGACGGGCGGCUGUGUGCCGGGCCUCUCUUGGAGGAACUCAACUACAACAUUAUUUUGUUUUGA